UGUAGAAUUUUGCCCCUUUGUGGUUUAAAAUCCACUUUAAAUUAAAAUCUGCACCAAGCUCUCCUUAAAAAGUCACUGAACUGGCAAAUUGAACCCUUCUGGACAAGGAAGUGAUAAGUGGAUGUAAACCUCUGACUAAAACUGUAUGCAGUAUCUGCCUCAUAUAAAAAACAACUGACUGAUGAAGGAAAUUAUUAAUGAAAAUGAUCUAAGUUGUGGGUGUUUGUGUCCUCUCAGGAAAUCUGAGCUAUGAUCCUUUCAGGAUUGGCUGUGUUUUGUUUCCUCCUCCUGCACAUUGGAAGUCAGGCUUUUGAAAUAUUGCCAGGAGACUCUCUAAAUCACCAGGAGAUUACAGAGAAAGCAAUUCUGAAUGCAACUGUGCAGGCAUGCGGCGCUCUGGCCCUGGCUGAAGGAACCAACUUUAAUGUUCCCGCUCAGCCGUUCACUGCAGAAGGUGUUGCUGCUGCCUGCGGCGCCUCACAGUCGUUGAAGACUUUCCAGCAAGCCAUCACGUCAAUCACGCUGAGGAAUAUUCGAGUGGACAUCCGCUAUGCCUUGAAUGCAAGCUUCCACUUUGACCAGGAAACGUUUGUUCAGGGAAGGAAAAUCAUCACAGAGGGAAUGGUCGCUGUCAAAGCCAGCAAUAAGAUGGAGAAUUAUGAGGCUGCGAGGCAAAAACUGGGAGAGAUCAUGCAUCCUUUGCAAGAUUUCUACAGUCACAGUAACUGGGUGGAGCUGGGAAACACACUCCCAAACUCUAAUCUGAUCAGAAAAGACACCAGCAUUGGUAAUAUAGCAGAUAAAAGCAAAGCCACCUGCCGCAGCUGUAAUGGAGACGACUGCACCAACAACAUUCUGGAGGACAUAAUAGCUGGAAAGAUCCUGACCUCUGGGUACUUUGGGAUUGCAACUUUAGUCUCAACAAAACCAUCAGGAAAGUGCAGCCAUGGAGGAGCACUCGAUCAAACUAGUAAGAUCAAGCCAACAGGUGGGAUUAACAAGGAUUCCUUCAAAUCCAGCCACGGACAUCUCCACACACAAGCAGCAAACUUGGCUACAGCUGCAACCAGUCAGCUGCUGGAAAACAUUCGACUGGCAGCUGGAAACAGACCCUUCCUACAGAUGGUGGGAAUCUCUAAAGGAUCCAGCAGAGCUCUUUGUUUUGUCAUUGACACCUCGAAGAGCAUGAGUGAUGACAUUACAGUGGUGAAGACGGUCACAUCCAGCAUUAUCAACAGUCAUGUGGGAACAGAGAGCGAACCUUCGGUUUACAUCCUCAUACCUUUCAACGAUCCAGGAUUUGGGCCACUGAUCCGAACAUCAGAUGCCACACUUUUCAAGGAUGUUGUGAACCAUCUAACAGCUACUGGAGGAGGAGACAUUGAGGAAAUGAGUCUCUCGGGGCUACAGCUGGCGUUGGCAAGUGCUCCAUUCAACUCAGAGAUCUAUCUCUUCACGGAUGCACCAGCUAAAGACAAACAGUUGAAGAACGCAGUGAUUGCUCUCAUAGAGCGGACCCAAACAGUGGUCAACUUUAUGGUUACAGACUCUGUAGUGACUAAUCGUCGCAAAAGGAGUAACAACAACCAACCGCAGACAAGAGCGAUAUCAGAGUCUGAUGCUCAGCUGUAUAAAGACCUGGCUCAGGCAUCAGGGGGUCAGGCCAUCGAAGUGACGAAGGACGAACUUCCUGUUGCAACGACAAUCAUAGCCCAGGCUACCAGCUCCUCUGUGGUGACCCUUCUGCAGGCAUCCAGGAGCCCAGGACAAACGGAUAGUUUUACCUUUUUAGUUGACGAAACUGUUACAAACCUGAGAGUUUACAUCACCGGCAGGUCCCUCACUUUCACACUCACAAGCCCAACAGGUGCCACUCAGCAGAGCACUGACUCAACAGGCUCAUUGAUCACUUCCUCCAAGACUGUGGGAAACUUCAUAACGCUGCAGUUACAAAAGCAAGUUGGACAGUGGAAACUACAAAUGGUGUCAAAUAACCCCUACACCCUGAGAGUCAUUGGCCAAAGUGCUGUUGAUUUUUUGUUUCACUUCGUCGAGCCAUCUGAGGGUCCUUUCGGUGGAUUUGAUGCUCUCGACACACGUCCCAGAGCAGGUGUGAAAGGCAGGUUGUUGGUGUCUAUAACAGGAAGUGACUCUGCUACUGUGACAGAAGUUGCUCUGGUGAAGUCGUCGAAGGGGUCAGAGGAGAUUAUGGGAGUUGUUGUACCACAGGACAGUGGGAACUAUUUAGUCCAGGUCGACGUGAUGCCGGCUGUGGAGUUUGUAGUGCGGGUAAAGGGGAGAGUUCAAGGUUCUUCAAAUGACUUUCAAAGACAGUCACCCACAAACUUCAGAGCUUCCAACCUGACUCUUUCUGCCAAUUCAGGAACCAUCAUGAUACCAGGCACACUGUUCUCUGUGCCCUUCACUGUGGCGUCAAGUGGACCAGAUCAAAACGUAACCAUCAGUGCCACGAACAGCAAGGGUUUCGACACAACGUCUCCAACCCUUUUAUUCUUGCAAAGUGGGAACAGCACCAAUGGCACAGUGACUCUGUCAGCUCCCCUGAGCACCCCAUCUGGUUCUGACGUCGUCCUGACUAUUGAGGCCGAGGCUCUGGAUGGAACUGACUCCAACUAUAUUGUGCUGCGCCUCUCCAUUGUAAACCCGGUAAAUGUGGAGUCCAGCUGCACUAAAAACUGCAGCCUGUCCAUAUGGCUAAUGCUGGUCUUGUGUCUGUUCAGCACCAGGAUCUCUGUGUCCACUAGAGUCUCUCAGUCGCUCCUUCUGUGCCUCAGCAUAGUGGCUUUAGGACAGCUUAUACUGAAAUAAGUGAGCAAUAAAUGGCUCCCAACAUGUGCAACAAUUUCUAUAUUUUUAAAUAUUGUGUUUUUGUUUAUAAUUAUACCAGCCAGGAAUAAAUUAGCAUCGUUCUUGUAAUAUAAGUUAAUUACCAUGUGAAAAUUAUCAUAGUCAGUUAUGAAAUGGUUUAGAGUAGAGCUACUGGUCCCCUAUGCUGAUCAAACCUGGUUAGGAUCUCUGCUGAAGGCCUCCCAGAUACUUUGUCCUUGUCUGACCAUAAGGAGGCACUAGAGAAGAUUCAGCAGAUCUUAGCACCAUGAUCCAGCAACACCUUCCUCUCCUGUUUGAGGCGGUUCAUUUAUCAGAGGUUUGAAAAACUUUACAUGUAUGGUUUCCUGUAAUAUAAGAGAUGAAUAUAAAGUAGAUAUAAAGAAGAACAACAUUUAUAAUAUGUAGAUUCAACUUGAUCACAUACAGUUAGGCCCAAAACUAAUUAUGUUCCUUGUUUAAAGUAUUAUUAUCUUAAUUUUACCGACAUAUUUCGUCUGACUAGAAAAAAUAUUAUUUUAUAUUAAUAAAUAUUAAUAUUAUUAUUGAUUGUUUUUAAUUGAUAGUUGUACCGAUAUUUUCCCUGGAGUUUUAUUACUGUUUUUGCAAAUGUUGUAGAUUGAUUGUGGUUAUGUUUUUGUUUUAUGGUUUUACACCUGGCUACAAGAAAACUUUCUCUAUGGGGACAAUAAUAAAGUAAUACUGUGAUGCAAAAAGCUGAUCAAUAAUAAUAGGUUUUUAAUUUUUGUAAUGCCAAUAAAGACUUUUUAAUCAAAA